UUGUGUACCCCACGACUAGACCACCUGUCUUCAUGUGGAGAUCUAGUGAAGAACAACAUACUCAGGGUGUUUCUUUGGGCAUUUGGUAUAUGUAUACUCCUUGCUAACAGUGCUGUCAUCAUACUUCGUAUCUAUGAAGGCAGAUUGAAGCAUGGUGUAAAUGAAAUACUCGUAAUGCAUCUCUCAUUAUCGGAUAUGCUAAUGGCAGUAUACAUUAUCAUCAUUGCAUCGAUGGAUAUGAAAUACAGAGGUGCUUAUUUUCAACAUCAGAGUGCCUGGAAGAAAAGUAGCUUAUGUAUGGCUUCGGGAUUUAUUGCAUCGUUAUCAAGUGAGAUGUCCGUUUACGUCCUCGUUGUCAUGACGCUUGACCGAUUCCUCAAAAUAGUGUUUCCGCUUAAAAUGCGGUUACACUUUUCCAAGCGUGCUGUUUAUGGUGUUCUCAUUAUUGGCUGGAUUCUCUGUAUAACCCUAACAGCUUUACCACUUCUCCCUCUCGACUACUUCAGCCCCCAUGAAUUCUAUACGCAAUCUGGCUUUUGCUUACCGCUUAUGCUGAAUUACGAUUCUGCAAAAGAAGCCUUGUUUAACCAACGUGAAAACACAGGACAGGAUGGUAGCAUUGAGCUAGAUAGACAGAAAUCACAGCAGUCAUAUUCUCAUUUUAACGGCUGGGAGUAUUCCUUUGCUCUUUUCAAUGUUGUGAACCUUGUCGCCUUUUUUCUUAUAGCUGUUGGCUACUUGGCCAUAUUCUUUGCGACUAGGAUCUCGAGAUCAAAAACCAAACAUGGCUCGGGGAAUGAGCGAGACAGGAAGAUGGCGGUGAAAUUGAUGUGGAUCGUUUCUACAGACUUCUGCUGCUGGAUUCCAGUAAUAAUCAUGGGAUUCCUAACCUACUUCAAGAUAGCGCUGCCAGGAGAGAUUAUUGCCUAUGUCAGUAUAUUUGUGUUGCCAAUCAACAGCGCUAUCAACCCGAUACUCUACACAUUUAGCACUCUUUCCUGGAAAGACAUAUGGAAGAAAUGCAAAUGUAGGUCGACACCUGAGCCACCACUAGCUCCAAAUCAGAGCAACACAAAUGAUGUAGCAUCAUCGACCUUUACUAGCAGAAAACUAUUCACAGUAGGAGCAGCGGAGUCGAAGUUUGAAACAUAUGAGAGAGAGAUGGGGCAGCUUCAGAAAGCCUAAGAAUGCAGUGAUAACUAUACAUUGAUGACCUUGAGAAACGCCACGGAGCAACAUGAGACCCGAUCAAAAUCAGCAAUAAAAUUAUUUUAUAGACACGAACGAUGGUAAAAAUAAGAAAGCAUGUGUCCAUUGUCACUCUUUAGGUCAAGAUGAAGAACAUUGCCAUGCUUCAAAGAUGAAGGAUCAACUGAGCUAGCCAUGUCAACUUAAACUUUUGAACUGGUAGGGUUGAUAGAAAAUUGAGCCCUACAUCUUCCUAAAAGGAGCACUAACAGAUUCAUUAGAAACAGAUAUUACAUCCAAAACAUUAUCGAGUAAAAGCACAAAAUCGAAAUCUAAAAACCCUGUAACCCUGCUAAGGCCUAAAUGUCUCAUGGCCCUUGCUUGAGAAGCAUUGUAAACAUUCUUCAGAAUAGACAAAUUGAGC